UAGAAGGAUUUUAGAAUAAUCGUUGUUGAUUGCUGUUGUGCGUUUUUUCUUUUAACUUUAUUGCGAUAAAUAAAAACAUUUUGGCUGAUAAUAAAUCGUGGCUAAUAUCAUUAUCAUAUUCUCCAAUUAAAUUUCAAAAUUCCAAUUGUUAAUUUCCAUUAAACUCUUGUGACAAAGCAAAACAAAAAAGAACCACACACAAAAUUGCAGCAGCAAUGUUCUGCAAAGUGUAUUUUUCUGUAAUUUUUGCAUUUAGUUUUGUUGUUUGCGGUAAAUGUCUUGGAUCCGCGGAUAAAGGGGGAUUUGUAUGCGGUGUAACUGAACCAGUCUACAAUUACACGUUCGAUUUCACUUCAUUGAGUUCUGACUUAGCUCUAACUGCAACAAGUAAUCUUGGGGACAUUUUCGAAUUCAAUAUAUGUCGUAAUCUAACAAAAACAUGCAAUGGGCAACAAGAUGUUUCAGCCUGCAUGAAACGAGGCAAACAAGAGUAUAUUCUAGGAACUCAACAGCAGCUAACCUACAAAAGUGGUAAAAUGUUCUUUACAUUUACGAAUGGCUCCAAGUGCAAGGAUAACACUUUAUAUCAACUCAAUGUAAUUCUCGGUUGUGAUUACACUAUGGAUAAACUUCAGUCGCAGGUUACUGCUUAUAAUGAAAAUGAUUGUUCGUUUUAUAUCUUGUUGGAAACUUCAGCAGCAUGUCUUCCAGCACCAGAUGCGGUCAAAUCGAACUUGUGCACAGCAAAGGAUCCCUCCACAGGACAUACGUACAAUUUACUUCCUUUGAGUGAUUCCAACCAUAGAGUAUAUGAUAGAAAUGGUUCCAUGUUUGUUAUAAAUGUAUGCAAGCCGGUUCUUUAUGGGGAAGCUGCUAUGUGUCCACCUGGAAGCAGUGUUUGUCGUGUAAUUGAUAUGAAUGACACCAAAGAUUCGGAUAGAUUUGUUAAUUAUGGUACAGUGGAAGCUAAUCCAAUAGUGGAAAAUGGUCAGCUGCUAAUUAGACAUAAAUCCGACACUCCUUGCAAUGCAACACACAACUAUACUUCGGUUAUCAAAUUUGGUUGCGAUAGAAACAUUGAGUAUGGUAGUCCUGAUUUUAUGGGAAAGAAAGGAUGUAUGUACGAGUUUUCAUGGCUUAAUGCAAUGUCUUGCAAUACUAUAGAACCAUGUGUGACUUAUGAUCCAAUAAGUGGUUUUAAAUACAACAUGAACAGCCUUAAAAAUGAAACGUACAAUUUGGUUUUGAAUGGCAAAAAUUAUACUUUUGGAAUUUGUACAGAUGCGGGGUCAGCAUGUCUGGAACAUGAUGGUGCCUGUGAAAGCAUCAAUGGCCAAUCAACAUCACUUGGUAUAACCAAUUCGAAUUUGCUUCUCAAUCCAACUGGCUCACCGUAUUUACUCUACAUAACUGGUGCAUCAUGUCAACCAAAGGACAAAACAGCGACCACAACAUAUUGGUCAACGAAAAUUGAAUUUGUUUGUGCAACCGAUGGUGCAGCAGGGCAGACGAUUGUUGUUGGUGAUGGUACAUCAUCAGCAUCAACGGCAUCAUCAUCGUCAUCCUCAUCCUUAUCCUCAUCGUCAUCGAGUGGACCAAAAAUAAUUGAAAAUUCCAAUUGUCAACUACUGAUUCACUAUCAGACGAAAUUGGCAUGUCAAAAUCAGAUUACAUGCAAAACUAGGGGCUACGGAUCAGCAACUUCCGUGAUGGACGGGAAUACAAGUUCCGAUAGACAUGACAUGGACCUGACACCCCUGAUAAGUACAACAGAUAACUACCAGGCAGAAGUCAGUUCGUCCAUUUCUCAAUCGGAAGUCGGCAAAUCAAUGAAGUUCUAUUUGAAUGUCUGCAGACCUUUGGUUUCGAAAUAUGGCUUAGGAUGUCCGGGUGGCUCGGCUGCUUGCAUGGCCACUGUUAUGGGCCAAUCAACUCCUGAAGAAGAACAAAGUCUUGGUUAUCCUGAUGUUGCCCUAACUCGCAUCAAUGAAACCAGCGCCGAAUUGAAAUACCGCCGUGGAAGCCCAUGUCCUAAGGAUAAAUCAACUCAAUUGUCAUCGAUUGUUCAAUUCACGUGUGACAUCCACGCUGGCAAAGGAAACCCAAUUUUGAAAUCCAUAAUCAACGAUUGCCAUUACCAAUUUAUUUGGCCAACCAACGUGAUUUGUCCCGCUCACUGGUGCCAGUUCGACGUCAACACUUGUGAAAUUAUUAAUGACCAACUAAACGAGCGGUAUAGCGUGCGGAAUGCCAGCUUUACGGAUAAAGGCAAAAUUAAGAUUCCAGGAGCGCCAGAAUUUAACAUUGAUGUCUGUGGUGAUGACCACCGCAAAGCGUUAACUGAUUAUUCACAAAGCACAGUCAAAGUGUUCUUUAACGCCCCAGGACCAUGUACAGUUGAUGAAUUGGUGAACGUUGAACUUCGAUUUGUGUGCGGGGAGAAGGAAGACGCUUCCGCAUCAAGUGAUGGUGACCAAUGCAAUUUAAUCUACACUCAAUAUACGCCUGAGAUUUGUAAAUUCCUGGGCUUAAAGAUACCAAGAAGCACAACAACACCUUCUCCCGUUGUUGGUGCUCCAAUAACAACUACAACAACAACAACUACUGUUGUUCCCGCCACAUCAAUAACAACUACAAGUAGUACAGCUUCGGAAGAGCCAAGUUCAGGAUCUUUUGCAACUAAACUUGUCAUUGUCAUCAGUGUCUUGAGUAUAGUUUUUGGAAUUGGAAUUCUAUUGAGAACACCACAGCGAAGAGAAAAACUUAUAAGAUUAUUCCGAAAAAGUUCAUCAGCUGUGAGAUAUUCAAGAGUUGAAUCAAAUGAAGAAGCUAAUUUAUUAUUAAAUCAAAAUGGUCAAUUUACUGAUAGUGACGAUGAUAUGUUACUCUAGUGCAAGUGACUUAACUAUUAUUUUCUUAGCUUAAGUUAUAUAAUAUGAAGAUCUUUGUUAUACAUACAUAAUGUAGUUAAAUUGCAACUAACUUAAUGAUGAUGUACUGAGGAAUUGAAACCAAAGACAAGGUGGUUAAAUUAUUUAAACAAAAACAAAAUACAAACAACAAAAUUAAAAUAAAUUCCUAUAUUAAUAUGAAUCUAUAUAAAAAGUAUCCA